AUGGAAUCCCAGGUUGAGAUGUUGACAGGCAUCGCCUGGUCGUUGUUUCAUCGCUUCUGGCUGCCCGCUUUACUGGUUUGGGGCGGAGCUCGUUUCGUGAUGGGCGUGUCGGUGUCCUACUUGUUACAAUGCGUGAUUCUGGAGUUGCUACUGAAGGUGCAGGUGCUCAUCUUCACAUCGGAGGCCUUGGUGCAACCCAAGGCAUCCCAAGGAGCGCCAAGUCUCACGGCAGAGGAGAAGCAGUUGCAGUUGAGAGGCUGCAAGGUCGUGUCCCCCAAGGACUACACGGCCUCCGGACAAAGUCUCCCUCCUAGCAAGAAGGUCUCGACCAUGUUCAAAGAUCCUCCCGCUGGGCAACGGAUGGAGUAUGGAGGAAGCAGCAGCAGCAGCUCCAGUCAUCUCGGUCGGAAACCUCAGGAGGCCACCUCUCUCGGUCUGGUGGAAGAAGACUGGCUGCAACGUCGCAACUGCUUACGCGAGGGUGCAGAGGUCCACCGACAAGUGCGGCAGUUUCUGCAGCAGAAGGUCCGUCCAGGCAUCCAGUUGCUGGAAAUUGCAGAGAUGGCCUCCAGUUCUUUGGUGGCUUUUGAUCCUCGAAAUCCGCUGAGGCGAGGUUGGGCCUUUCCCACUGGCUUGUCGCUGAACGAAGUGGCAGCACACGACACGGUGAACCCUGGGGAUGCGGCCAGAUACCUUCGCCCAGCGGAUCUCUUGAAGGUGGACUUUGGCGUCCAUGUGGAAGGACACAUCUUGGACUGCGCCUUCUCAAUGUCGUUUGAUCCCAUGCAUGACGAGCUCAUGCGAGCUGUCCAGGAAGCCACUGAGGAAGGCCUCAGGCAAGUGGGGCAUGACGCGCGCAUCUGUGAAGUGAGCAGAUGUAUCCAAGAGGUCAUGGAAGCUGGUGAGGUUCAUCAUCCCAAUGGGAAGGUCUUACCCGUGAAGGUGAUCAAGAACCUCACCGGGCACAUGAUUGGACCAUACAAGAUCCAUGCUGGAAAGUCACUCCCAUCCGUGAACACCGGGGAUCAGACUCGCAUGCUCGCGGGAGAAUUGUGGGCUGUGGAAACCUUUGGCUCGGUGGGUGGCUAUGGCUACGUCGGCCAUGGAGGAAACUGUUCUCACUUCAUGAGGGCAUCGAGCGCUGCACCAACAUGGCAAAGUUCUGUGUUGAGCGCCAAAGCCACGGAUUUGUUGGAAUUGAUCGACAAACGCUUCGGCACCUUGGCCUUUUGUCCCCGAUGGGUGGUGCAGGAGGCAGAGCGAAGUAAGUCGAAGAUGGCCAAAGGAAAUCAGAUGUGGUGGUCCUCGCCCUUGGAUGAACUCUGCAACCUGGGCGUGGUGAAUCGGUACCCGCCCUUGGCAGAUCUUCAAGGUUCAUUCACGGCGCAGUAUGAACACACCGUCCUACUGGGCUCCUCCGGCAAGGAGGUGGGGGGAACAAGAGUCUAG